AUGUCAAUUUGCACAACGCCUCAAGGCCUCAUACUGGACUAGGUUCACUUCCUCAUUCAUCAUCAGCAGAGAUGGUUGUCGCACAUGUAGAGCAGAGUAUAUUUGCUUCCAAAAAUCGCCGGAGCAUGAGCAAGAAGAAAGCACGCACGGCUGGUACCAUAUCAUCACAGCAGGUGAAUGGCGAUGAGGAGAUGUCUACAGAAGCUAUUCCCCCUUCGAACUCAAAUCACACGGCUGAAGAUGACGAUUUGAUGAUCGAAGUUGAUCCUACUUCUGUGCUAGAGGCAGGCUCAGCUCCCUCUUUCCCGGCUUUGCCUGCAUCUGCGGCACAAUCUGCUCUGAAAUCAGAGACACGGCGGAUUCCUAUACCUCCGCACCGCAUGACUCCUAUAAAAAAGGACUGGAUCAAUAUUUUCAGUCCUCUCACCGAGAUCCUCGGACUACAAGUGCGAAUGAAUGUUCAGAGGCGGUGUUUAGAAAUCAGAACAUCGAAAGCAACCAAAGAAAUCGGUGCUCUCCAGAAAGGAGCUGAUUUUGUGAAGGCAUAUGCUCUUGGGUUUGACGUUAAUGACGCAAUAGCACUGCUACGAAUGGAUGAUCUUUACCUCGACUCAUUCGAGAUCAAAGACGUAAAAACACUUCAUGGUGAUCAUCUUAGCAGAGCAAUUGGACGGAUAGCGGGACAAGACGGAAAAACUAAGUUCACGAUCGAGAACGCUAGCCGGACUCGCAUUGUGCUCGCCGACACAAAAAUUCACAUCAUGGGCUCCUUCCAAAACAUCAAAAUUGCGCGCGAUGCAAUUGUCUCCUUAAUCUUGGGUUCACCACCCGGAAAAGUAUAUGCCGGACUUAGGACUGUCAGCAGCCGUAUGAAGCAGCGAGCCCUGUAACUUUGUUGUAUAGACGGGUUCAUACAUUUAUCAUCUUUGUUUUCCAUAUUUCUCCAAUAUCAUCACAGGAAGUGCAACACAAAAACGUUGUGUAUAAAUCCAAUGCUGGCAAUACAAUACAAGAUAAGCUCAAAC